UUCUCAAUUUAGCAAGGAGUUGAAUCCACGGGUCUCGGAGAAAAAAGCUCUCUUUUCUUCCUCUCUGCAACUGCAGCAACCCUAUUUCGCGCCAUUGCUACAAGAGCAACCCUAUUUGAAGAAGAAGUUCAUUCUAACGGAAGAAGAACUUCUGCGUCUUCCUGUUGAACCGACGUCUUGUUCAAUGAUGGCGCAGAUCUCUCCGUACGCCUUUUCCGCCGUUGGAAUCGCUAUCUCCAUUGGUGUUUCUGUGUUGGGUGCUGCUUGGGGAAUAUAUAUAACUGGAAGUAGUCUGAUUGGUGCUGCAAUUAAAGCUCCCCGCAUAACUUCGAAGAAUCUCAUCAGUGUGAUCUUUUGUGAGGCUGUUGCUAUUUAUGGUGUUAUUGUGGCAAUCAUCCUUCAAACAAAGCUAGAGAGUGUGCCAACAUCCAAGAUGUAUGAAUCAGAGUCUCUUAGAGCAGGAUAUGCAAUCUUUGCCUCAGGGAUCAUUGUUGGCUUUGCAAACCUUGUGUGCGGGCUAUGUGUAGGAAUAAUUGGAAGCAGCUGUGCAUUAUCUGAUGCUCAGAACUCCUCACUUUUUGUGAAGAUUCUAGUGAUCGAGAUCUUUGGUAGUGCACUUGGAUUGUUUGGAGUAAUUGUGGGAAUAAUCUUGUCAUCUCAAGCAACAUGGCCUGCAAAGACAUUGUGACUAGCCAUUUCCAGUGGUACAACUUAGUACUUAUUCCACAGUUUAUUACAGUAGCAGAGAAUUAUUAUUUUGGAGGCACUCAUUUUGAUAAGGAAAUUGAUUCUGGUGCCAAAAAGCACAUCCUUACAAUUUGCUGUCUACUGUCUGAUCAGAAUAUGCAUACAUCCUACCUUUCCCAAGGUAGUUAUUGACAUUAUCGUUCCUCCAUUCUGUUGAUCAUUAUAGCCACAUAUGUAGUUGCAGAGAUUUAGAUUUCUGGGCUUGAUAAUUUAUAAUGUUAAUAAAAAACUUCAGCCCAUAUGUGACACUCA